AUGCUCUCACAGAAUGUUGCCAAGACGACGGUGCCGUCGUACUACAUGAUCCGCACCAACCUCCCACAGCGCAAACCGCAGAAUCAGUGGGAGGGUGUUUAUUACUUUGGCGGCAUCACAAAGCGCCAGCGCCAUCUCAUUCUACUCCAGCGCAAACGUGAACGGGAGGCACGCAUGCGGGCGUUCAGUGCUUCCUGUUCAAACCUGCUGCGGUUGUUGGAGGGGGACACGCAGGAACAACAGCAAGCAAAGACGCAGACGAUACAACUUUCCUCCCCACACGGUCCAUUCGAUCUUGCCAUCCGUUUGGCGCAGCAUGGACUCUACCAGCAGGCGAGCGGCAUCGUGGACGAGUUGCAUCAGCAGCGUGCACUCCGCAUGAGUCACUACGGCCUUCUUAUUGAUGCGCUUUCAGCUCCUUGUUUGGGGCAGCGCAUUUUGUACGGCAGCGCACAAUGCGACCCCGCUCUAACCUACAAGUUACUUGGAGACGAAAAUGGCGAGGAGCGGGCGCAGGAGGCCCAUCGAUGGUUUGACAUGGCGUUCGCAUUGCUGACGACAGAGUGCAGGAUGAGUGGGAGUGAGCAUCGUUUGCCACAAGCCACGGCGGCCGCCACACAUCUUGUGAAUGCACUGAUGCGUGCACUUCUGAC